AUGGACUCUAUUUCUCUGCCGCCAAUCUUGCUUGACAUUCCUCGUAAUGCGGUCGUGGCCAUUGGCUUGCCGCUCGUCUUCGGCUCGUUGAGUGGAUACCCAACAAAAGAUGUGGUCAGAGGGCCAUGGUACAUGAGUCUAAGACGGCCUCGCGUCGAACCUCCACGAGCGGCGUUUGGUAUCGUUUGGCCGAUUCUGUAUGCGAGUAUGGGAUGGGCUUCUCAUUUGGCUAUCAGGGCCUAUGACCAGAGUCUCAGUCCUUCCUCUCGAAUGGAUGCAUAUGCUGGCCUAAAGCUGUAUUGGAUUCAGCUCGGUCUCAAUCUUGCAUGGACUCCCCUCUUCUUCAUGGCAAAGCAGAAAGGACUCGCACUUUUGGAUAUCCUCCCAUUGACCGGCGUCGUGUAUUGGAUGACAUAUACAUUGCAUCACGCGACAAAUGGAGCGACUACCCUCUUCCUGGCUCCCUAUUGCGCUUGGUUGACCUUUGCCAGCUACUUGAACUUUGAGUUCUGGUACCUGAACCGAGGUCGCCCAGAACUCAAAGAAUUCUAG